AGUCCGAUGCAGUCCUGAGAUCGAGUCAAGUGACAGCAGUCCUGCUUUUGACGCUCAGUGGUUGACGUUAAACCGAACGUCGUCUGAAAAAAAAAUCCAUACCAGAAAAGGCUUAAAGGUUGAUUUCUUUUCAGGAUUUGCCCGAGAUGGAAGGUGAUAAUAUUGAACACCAAAGUGUAUAAUGUGACGGAAGGAGAAAGAAAAUCAUGGCUGACGAACUUGAGCAGUCACCCAAGAAUUGGACUGAAUCUCAAGUAAGCACCUGGCUAAGAUCCAUUGGAGUGAAGGAGCAGUACAUAAAAAAGCUCUGUGAGGAAGAAGUAGAUGGACAAAUCCUUCUUACACUGAAUGAGGACUUUUUGAAGACAAAUAUUUGCAUGAAAUCAGGGCCUGCUCAUUUGAUUAUUCAAAAGAGAGAUGAGCUCAUCAACUCCAAGCAAAGGUCUCAAGAGAAAAAAAAGCCGACUGGUGGCAAAAAAACUGAGUUGGAACAGAAAAGUCAAGAAACAGUUCAAUGUAUUCCUGCAACAAGUGAAGGUCCUCCAGCACAGACUCUGGAGAGAGAUCAAGAUGUUCCGAAGGACAGACAAACUGCUCAGGAACGAUGUGUGUUGACUUCAAAGGAAGAUUGCAGACCACGACCAUUUGAUCAAGAAGGGAUUGAUUUCAUAUAUGUAAAGCACAGAGUCCUGCAACCUGAAUCAGGUGCUUUUAAUCUGACAUCGCCAUGCCAUGAAUUUAAGUCUCUUUCUGUAGCUGCUGCAUUGGAUCGCACAAGACUCCAAGCUAAGUUUGCCAAAGAGGUCCUUAAAUUUGCAACUGGCUGUAUGAAUAUCAGAUCAAAUGGCACAAUACACUUUGGUGUGAUGGAUAGCAAGGAGGAUACAGGAUAUGUGCAUGGUGAGAUAGUUGGUAUCCCUAUACAAGAGAAAGACAUUUAUGUAGAUGCUUUGGACUACAUUGAAAGGAGUUUCUCCUCUGACAAGGAGCAUGUACGCCAGUGUGUGCGGCCACCAAGGUUCAUUGAGGUUAUGGAUCGAGAAAGUUCAGAAAAGAGGUAUGUGGUAGAGGUUGACAUCGUGCCUUCAGUGGGUAUUGUUAAGAACAAGGUGUAUGCAGUUCGUCUGCCAAACUUCAAAGAGUCAUCAAACAAAGUAGAAUUUGAGAAAGAAACAAUUCUGCGGAGGGUGGGUUCAAAAACAGAGCCAGUGAUAGACAAAGACCUAAGUGAUUUUUACCAGCGAGUCAAAGAUCGGGAUGCCCAAAGAGAAGAAGCAGAGAAAAGUCAGUUCCUCAGUGCUCCAGACUUCUGCCAAGACCUCGGAAGGAAACUCACAAUGCUAAUGACUAGUGGGAAGAAAUUCAUGGAAAAGGAGAAAUGGUUCAUAUUUGUCACAAACAAAUUCAACCCUGAUGACCUUUGCAACAUUGACUGGCUGCUUAACAUGAACAUAUUCUGUGUGUUUGACUUUGACCCAGAUUCAAAGAUCUCAGGUCUUUGCAGUAAAUACCUUCAGCAUCAUGCUGCAAACAUGCAUUCUCUGCAGAGCUAUAGGAUAUCCGGUGACAUGAGCAUCAAAGAAUUCACAACCCACUUGCAUCUGUUCGACCAAACUAGCUGGAUCUUUUGUAAUGGCCGUACUGACUUCAAAGGAAAUGAAACCCCAUGUGAUGAAAUGACUUGGAUCAAGACAAAAAUGACUUUCCUGCGGGAAUCUGUGUCUUUGAUCUGUAAACAAAUCUUGCCAAAAGGGACGUUCCAGGUCAUUUUUCUUCUCACAUCACCAGUUGAGAAACCACUCUUGCACACCUUUAAUGAGUUUUUCACAGACAUGGAAGGCCAUGAAGACAUAAUCUGCAUCUGUGAAUUGCAGGAAAACUUUCCGAAGUGGCAAAGCUUUGCAGAGGGCUCAUGUGGAACAGAAACUGUGAACAAUUCCAGUAUUGUUGGGAUGAAAAUGAGUCACAUUAAUUCAACUCUGCAGCAAAUACAACCCGUAAAAGCAUGUGCCAGCAAACACUUGCCAGUCUUUGUGAAGGGGAUAUGUCUUCUUGAAACACACAUAGAGGAACAGAUGUAUUCUCUGGAAAUUCUGAUGGUCGAUCAUUGUGAUGAAACAAGCGAAGACUUCAUCAAUGAGGAGAAAGAAAACAUUGAACAGCAGUUCUACCGUGGUGGAAGAGUGAACUGGUUAAAUUUCUGGCUUGCUGAGCACAAGUAUCUUGGAGACGUAAUUGAAAGAGAUGCCUUUCGCGAUGUUUCCAAACUUCUCAAUGACGCUUUGAAAUGUAAUACAGAUGAAACUCCUGUGAACAGUAUAAACAUCUACCAUCAUCCAGGAAGUGGUGGAAGCACUGUGGCAAGACACGUGCUGUGGAACAACAGGAAAGAUCUAAGAUGUGCAGUUGUGAAGCCUUCAUACUCAGCUGCUGUUGUUGCACAGCAUGCAGUUGAAUUAAGAGAAUAUGAAGAAAAAGAUCCACAGAGGUGUCUUCCUGUGCUGCUCCUCAUUGAAGACUCAGACAAAGAAUAUCUAGAUGAUCUCAGGAAUGAACUAGAGGUUGGCAUUAACACCAAAAGAAUCCAGUUUGGAACUCUAUGUUUUAUUCUGUUGAGCUGCAGACGAUCCCAUAAUCCAGAAAAGAGAUGCAAGGAUUCUCCAUUACAGAAUGUGUCUGUCACUCACAAACUGUCUGAUCAAGAGAAGAGGAAGUUUGCUGGAAAGCGACAGGUGCUUGAGGAACGAUAUGAGCCUGAAUUUAUCCUGACAUUUGUUUUGAUGAGUGAAGGAUUCAAUGAGAAUUACAUUCAACAGUUUGUGGAACAUUUGCUGCAAGGUAUUGACCAUCAAUCUGUUGUCACUCGCCUCAUUCUCUAUGUAGCACUGCUGAACACCUAUGUUCAAAACUCUUUCAUCUCUCAAUCCCAUUGUGAAGCCUUGCUUGCCUUAACCUUUCACUUGGAAAGAUUUCACCAGCAUGAGUUUGAGAAAUCACUCAGCCCUCAGGCACAACUAGUGUUCUUGCACCUUAGGGAUGACAAGACGCACAUUAAAUCAAUCAAAAUCAUCCACCCACUUGUUGCAAUGGAAAUUCUCCAACAACUUCUGGGGGACCAACAGACCCAAAGCAGUUUGGCUAUGAGUUUGCUCUGUGAGAACAUGCUAUUUGAGCACAGAUUUGGAAGGGAAGAAUAUCUGUCGUUUUUGAGAGCACUUUUCAUAAGGCGAGCCAGAAUAAGCAAAGGAGACGAAUAUGAUAGUUUGUUCUCUCCUCUGAUUGAGCAUGUGUGUGAAGAGGAGAAAAGCCCAGACAAAGCAAUUGAGCUACUCAAGGAAGCGUUCCAGCGUUUCCAUUUGGAUCCAUUCUUUGCACAACAACUUGCUCGUCUUCAUUAUACUUAUGAAAAGUUUGAAGAGGCAAAACACUGGGCAGAGACCGCAGCCAAACAGCUGCCCAACAACUCAUACAUACUCGAUACAAAAGGGCAGGUGUACAGGAAAUGGUUCCAAGCCAAAUGCAAAGCUAUUGACAAUGACAAUGUACCAAAGACAGCCCAAAAUAUAGCAGAUGCUGUGGAAACUGCACUGAAAGCCCUGGAGUGUUUUCAAGAAUGUGAGAAAGCAGCUGAUGCAGAUAUGGAAAACGUUAACAGCUCAGGUUAUUUUUCUGAAGUUGAGGUUGGAUGCAGCCUGAUCAAACUGAUCUCAUCAUCGUCAGUGUUUGAAAACAGAGCCAAUGGCCAUUCAGAGUGUAUGAAGUACCUGAUAACAGAUUACAUUCCGAAGGAAGUUGAAGAUGCCUGGGAACCAUUUCAUGACCGUUUGAAAAAACUUCACAAGACAAUGCAAGAUGCCUUGGAAUGGAUUUCAGAAGACCUUAGUUACUUCCAGACAGACAUUGGUGCUGAUGAAGGAGAGACCCCUGAAAGUCCCGAAGAGAAGAUAAGCCAUCCACUGAAAUGGUUGGCAAAAAAAUCUUCAGAGUAUGGGAAGUAUUUCAGUGAAGUUGAUUCUACUGCACUUCUACAACAUGGGCAAUUCAUCCCAGGCAAUCUAACUCCUUUCCAAAAACGAAUGAUCAUCUAUCAUCUUGGUGGGGGUAACAUAACAUCCAUUCUCUCCAAGCUAACUGACCAGAGGGAUGCAGUACGUCUUCUAGAAACCAUUGUUUCUCUCUACCCCAGCAAUCCAAAAAAGGCCAAUUUUGGUCAAAGGGAUAUAAUCAAUUACAUAACGGCCCACCUUACUCUGAACUGCCUGUCACCACAGCCUCAAAAGGUAGCUACUCUGCAAGAUCUGCAGGCACUUUGUCAUCAGUUACCAACUGAUAAAAGAAAAUGUUUACCAAGCGCCCUGUUCUUGCUUACCUUGCUGUUCUGGCCAGAGGAUCAUGACGUAGAUCAUGAGAAAGAAACCAAAUAUGAAAUUGUGCAAGCAGCUGUUGAACAUCUGGAAAAAGACUACCGGAUGAAGAUGAAGGACAUUCCUCAGCGGAAGAGAAGACUUUACACCCAUUUUUUCCUGGGCAAUGGGAAUGGAUUGAAUAAAUUUGUCCACAAGAGAAAGUUUGAAAGAGUCACAAAGGUGUUCUCUGUCUCUGAGAAACGCAUGAAGUGGUUUAGGGGUGAGGCAUGGAAAAAGCCUGAGAUUGCUGCAAUGCUGAAACGUGUUUCUGGAUGGACUGAAGAUGGAGUUGUGUACCUUGAAGGCCCUCGGAAAAAGAAGUUCAAUAUUCUGCCUCUUCAUGUACCUUCAGUGCCUCAUAGUAAUGAAAACAUCACAUUCUACCUGGGCUUCACAUUCAGAGGCCCUGUUGCCUGCAACAUCAUUGUGAAACAAUAGUUUGCCUUUGAACAAUGAUCCUGCACCCAGGCUGUACAUCAACUUGCUGAAGCAUGGUAGCCUGGUAACCCCUCUUUGCCAAGAGCAACAGAUUACGAAAAGAUCAAUUCAAACACACAAGCCUUUUUGUAACAUCUGGCAAGUAGGCAAUAUUUGAAAAACAAAACAAAAAAUGUUGAGGCACAUGGUAUGGUAUCAGUAUUGUUAGUUUGAUAUUUACUGUAUACAUAUACAAAGUUUUCUUCAAAAUACAUUCAAACUGUACUGUU